CCUUGCAGACUGGCUUCAGAAAUUAAACAAGCUCAUCUUACAUGUUGCCAAAUACUUUGGAGACCUACAAAACAAUCUUCUUGAAAUGAGCUGCAGAAAAUCGGAUGACGUGCCGUUUGUUCCAUGUAUCCCUCGGAAAUCUGUGCGCGAUGCUGAUAAAGAGAAAGCAAAUGGCACGCAGUUAUUGGCAGGUGUCAAUCAACCAUUUCAUGAACCUUCAUCCGUAUGCAGAGGGGGGAACAAAACCCAGAUGACAGAAGACAAAACGGUGGAAACUGAAACAGGUUCAUCCUCAAAUGAAAAUAUAGCUGGCAAAGAACAGGAAUUUCCAGUACUUGUGAAAAAUGAAGAUCAGCAACAAAAAUCCAUUCCAGUGCCAAAUCAGGACAAUGGAAUAGGUUCUCAAUCAGUGCUAUCUUCCACUCAGAAAAUUUCAGAAAACAGAGAUUUGGAAGACAGUUCAGGAAACAAUGGGAGAAAUGUAACUGUGUCCAGAAAGCUGGAAAACAGCAGUGUAACGCAUCUGCAGACGCGUCCUAAUCAGGAAAAACAGACAGAGAUAAAGGAAGCCCUGAAGCAGAUGGGAAAUGGGAAUUACAGGCUGAUAGCCGAGCCAGGCAGGAGUGACAAAGAUGUCAAUCAAAAGGAGACAAGUAAUGAAAUUGCCCAAAGCUACCAAGAAAAUUGUACAAGGUCAGGAGACUUGCAUAAAAACAGUCCCAUGCAUCUGUCUUCCGGUGAGCUGGAAGGAAAGGACAAUGAAAGUGGCUGGAUGACUAAAGAGUUUCUUGUGAAAGCGAAUGAUCUGAGUGAACCUGAAAUAGCCUGUUGCAUUAGAGCCCCUCUCAGUGUGCUGGAAAAUCUAGUCAUCCGAGUUGUCAAUGAUUUGAGUACAUUGGUGGUGGAUGGAUCAGAAGAACUUGUCAGCAACGUCAUCCAUGCUGAGUGCUGCUCUUCCGUUGGCCCACCAGCCCUUCAUUCCAUCACCAUCGCGAUCCCAUUUAUUUCACGUUACAGAGGAAUGUACAAAGAUAUUAUGGUGAAGGUGACUGAUGUCAACUUUCGGUCAAGUUAUUUGACUCCUGUCUCCUUGGAAGGGAACCAAGGGAACCAGAAGGGGACUUUUGCGGAGGUGAAAACCAGCCAGCUUGGCCUUUUUUCGGUGGUUUCAUGCUUAAAGACGGAAACAGUCACCAUUCCAAAGAAAGGACUUUCACGAAAGCUAAGUAUGGAUCCCAGAAUUUCAUUUUGCUGGCCUCCAUCAACUUUUACUUCUCGAGUAACAAUGCACCUAAAGGUGCAACCAAUUGAGCCAUCCCUGAUUUCCAUGUUAAAAACAAAGAACGACAUGUAUCAUUCAGUGGUGUCUACUAGCCCUCUGGUGUAUCUGCAACAUCCUUCAUCGCGGCCAUUCAACAAAUCCAUCACAAUUAUUCUGCCUUGCCCUCCAAAUCAAGAAAAGAAGAUGGAAGGAAAUGAGAAAGACCAGGGGAGAGCUAUGAGUGCAUCCAUACCCAGAGUUACAACUGUGCAUCAAUUUCGAGCGAUGAGUGCCUCUCCGAGAAAGCAUGGAGAGAAUCUCCACGAAUCCUUAAAAUUACUGGGGUACAGAAGCAGAGAAGAAGAAUGGGCCAUGUUGGAUGAGAUCGCAGUGCAAAAUGCACGUAAUGGCCUCGUGUCGUUUGAACUGGAUGAGCCCUUAGACAGCUUUAUUAUCCUUCGCCUGUCCUCUUCUAUGGAUAACACACAUUUAGUUCAGCUUGUUAAAGAUAUGGAGAAAGACAUCUACACCACAAUGGUGAAAGUGGUGCUCUAUCGGAAAAAAGAAGAUCCGUACAAGGUCGCUGUCUUACUCGUUCCAUCCAAGGAACUGAACUUGGAGCUGCAGGGACUGCGUGAGGAGGGUUUCUCUGGUCCUCCUGAUCCCUCGCAGCAGUUCAAGCUGAGAGAAGGGGAGCAGGUUUAUUUUAGAUUUAGCGGAAAUAUUCAUGCUUCAGAUGAUGGGGCGGCCUUUGGAAAAAGCUACAAGCUUACUUUUCAUGCGCAGAGAAAGCCACGGCUUGACCUUCAAAUCAAGGAGGUGGAUGAAUUUGGCAAUUACAGCUCACCGCAUUACAAAGGAACCGCCUUGUUCUACAAAGUGAGCAAAGAAGCCAUUGCUAAAAGCUGGGAACAGCCUCUUUUGCCUGAAGACCAGCAGCAGGAAGACCUUGUCUGCAAAUUGGCUCUAACCUUGCCAAAAAGGGAAAAGCUUAUCGUUCGUCCACAGAGCACAAAAAUAAUGUCAACUGAUUCAUCAGAUGCACUGUGGGACAAUUUACUGUACUGGCUGUCACACGAGCUGUCGGAAGAGAACGCUUCUUGCCUCGCUCUCUGUCUGCCUCUCCACCGAAGCACUCUUCCGUUUAUUAAACUGAAGUGCCCUGAUAAUCUCACCGAGCAGAUCUAUGAGUUCCUGUGCUUCUGGAAAAGGAAUCUUCCGCGAUCUGCUGACAAGCUCCAGCUCCUCUCUCGCUAUCUCUAUAAAAGCGGCAGGAGCGAUCUUGUCGAGGAUCUCCGGUUCAAAUGGGAGAGCAAAGUUUUCUGGAGGAAAACUCAUUGUCACCCUGAUUUCUUUAGUAGGCCAGUUGGGGAUGGGGAGUCUAUGUAAUUGUCUUUUUUUCCCUACUCUUUCUGAACAACUGCUUCAUUUCAGUUGUGAAAAAUGGAAACCAUUUGGGAGGGAGAUGUCAAUAGUUAGAUACGUAUAUUUUAACACUGCUUCAUUUGCUCGGCAGUACAGUUCUCUGCCAUGCCUGUAGAUAGAAAUUAUACCUAUGUGUGGUUU